AAAUCUUUAUUCUGUGGCCCUUUACCAGUUGAUGUCAAAAUGGCGGAGGGAAGUGUCAGGUUAAACUGAAGUAAAUUUUUAUUUUGUUAACAUUUUAUAUUUAGUUGAAUUAAAAGUUCAAGGGUUUGUUUGGUUAUUAGUGCAUUGUGGUUUUGUGUGUGUAACCAUGAACUGAAUGCAUGGUUGUAUAGUUGUGCUUCAGAAUAAUGAAAAGUGGACCAUUUUCUAGUUUGAUUGUUUUGAUGCCGCAAGGGAGCCAAGACAAGUGUCAUAACACAUACCACCUGUCAGUAAGUCAAGCUCAAACUUACAAGGUUUGCAUCGUUUUUACUUCUUUCCAUCGAAUUGUGUCAGGAGGACCCCAAAUUCAUUCCAAAUUAAACGAAUGCCUCCCUUAUUGACGUCCAUGGAACACACCAAGACUGUUUAUGGAAACACCAAUGGCCGAGAUGUCUAUCAUACAAGUCGUACAACUUCACAUAACACAAUUUCUACAUAUCAACAACAUUCAAGCAAUAGUGUUAAUGUUAACCAGAUUAGCAGUCCUCAUCUUAUGCGAAGAAAUGAAAGUUCAACCAGAAAAGGUACUUUAUCACUAUGGACAGCCUUGUAUGAUUAUGUUGCUCAAGGAGAAGAUGAGCUCAGCCUUCGGAGAGGUGAGAUUGUGGAAGUCCUUUCAGAUGACUCAAAAAUAUCGGGAGAUGAAGGUUGGUGGACUGGGAAGAUAGGGGAUAAAGUGGGGAUAUUCCCAGCAAAUUUUGUUACAGAAGAAAAUAUUAUCGAUCAUGUUUCGAACGUUAUAGGGGAUAUACAGCCAAAUGAAAUUACUUUUAAUGAGCUGAUAUUAGAAGAAGUGAUUGGUGUGGGUGGGUUUGGGAAAGUGUAUCGUGGUUAUUGGAACAAUUUGGAAGUAGCUGUUAAGGCAGCAAGGCAAGAUCCAGAUGAGGAUAUUUCUGUUACUUUAGAAAAUGUGAGAAAAGAGGCAAAACUCUUUUGGUUACUUAAACAUGAUAAUAUUGUGUCUCUCGAAGGUGUUUGUUUAGAAAUGCCAAAUAUGUGCCUAGUGAUGGAGUACGCCAGGGGAGGUUCUCUCAAUAGGGUAUUAGCAGGACGUAAAAUACGACCUGAUGUGCUUGUAGAUUGGGCAAUUCAAAUUGCAAGAGGAAUGAACUACCUCCAUAAUAAAGCGCCUAUCUCCCUUAUUCAUCGGGAUUUGAAAUCAUCCAAUGUACUUCUUAAAGAACCAAUCGAAAACGAUGACUUGCAGUUCAAAACGCUCAAAAUAACCGACUUUGGUCUGGCUCGUGAGGUCUACAAGACCACUCGGAUGUCGGCAGCUGGAACGUACGCUUGGAUGGCUCCAGAAGUGAUCAAGACUUCUAUAUUUUCUAAAGCUAGUGAUGUGUGGAGUUACGGAGUGCUGCUAUGGGAGCUGUUAACAGGAGAGACACCAUACAAGGGCAUUGACGCACUGGCCAUCGCCUAUGGUGUGGCAGUCAACAAGCUCACUCUGCCCAUCCCCAGUACCUGUCCUGAGCAGUGGAGAGUGCUAAUGGAAGAAUGUUGGCGAUCGGACCCUCACCUGAGACCAGGUUUUGAGGAUAUCUUGCUGUCAUUGGAUGCCAUUGUACACUCUGCAUUCACCCAGACUCCCCAUGAGAGCUUCCACACCAUGCAGGAUGGCUGGCGCAUUGAGAUAGAAGAAGUUCUUAAUGGACUCCGCAUGAAAGAAAAGGCCUUCCGCUCCAAGGAAGAGGAAUUGCGGUGUAGAGAAGAAGAACUAACAAAGGCGCAAUUGGAACAGAAGAUGGUCGAACAGAAGCUGCAACAGCGAGAGGCUGAGCUGGCACGUCGAGAAAUAGAUCUGCUGCAGAGAGAGCUACAUAUCAUUAUCACGCAGCAAGCCCCAACACCGAAGAAGAGACGGGGAGUCUUCAAGCAAGCCAAACUUAAACAAUUAAAAAAAGAACCAGGCCAGAUCAGUUUUCCUGUUGAUUUCCGCCAUACGAUAACUGUACAACACACACCGAAAAGUCACCCUAGCCCGAACAGCCCUCCUGGUUCUCCUAGCAUACCUCGGCUACGAGCCAUCGCUCUGCCAGCUGACGGAGUCAAGGGCAAGACGUGGGGCCCGAGCACGUGUCACCAGCGGGAGCGGGGGCAGAUCAUGAACCGACCCAAGCGGUGGAGCAAAAGUGCCCCCAACUUGGAGAAACCGGCCCGACCUCGUGCAUUCUUAGACUACAUGGGUCCAACGGAAGGGGAGUGGGGUUAUGAUAGCUCAUCCAUAGCCUCACUAUUCAACGGUCUGGAAGUGAGAGGAGCCAAGGGGCCAAAGCUGUCUAUUGUCGAGAUGGUAUUGUACAACAUGGCUGCUAUGUUAGCCAGCUUUGCUGCGGGCUACGAUGUCAGAGUGUCCAACACUUACCCUAUCCAUCCUCGGCUGCAACCGGACAGGCUAGAUGAAGAGGCAGAAGAAAAGUCUUGGUGGUUAGAGUCAUGUGGAGGUAGCCGCAAUUCAUACUUGGGUCCAGAUUAUGAAUUUUCAAGUAGUUCUGGUUACCCUCACAACACCUAUCAUGGUCCAGCCAAACACUAUCGACCACUGCUUAACAACCUGGCUAUAGCUGAACACCUGCCAGUGGAGUCCAAGCCGCUGUGGUUCACCGACUCACCACAACACUCCCAACACUAUGUGCCUGCCCUCAAACAGCUAACACCAGCCCCCUCUCCUCGACGGAAAUCUUCCAGCACUAGUAUUGAACCUGCCGAGGUAUCUUAUCCCCCUCCUCCUGCACCCGGGGGUGGGAUGUUGGAGUUGAGAUUGGCUCCCGACUAUUACAACAUUAACUUACACCGUUCCGAGUACUACCAACCUCCAUCUGAGUACUCCACUCCCAGCGGCCACUAUGCAGACCGUCUAUUUCCGGAGUUUUCCAGCAACGAAUACCCUGCCUAUGCAUACGACAACCCCAGCAGCAGUGUCAGCAGUAGUACAACUGCGAGCACACGCACGCGCCACUACACACACAGGCGCACCCCUAGUAAUGUCAGUAACGCUUCUAGCUGUGGUGGGACUGCCACUUCCAGUGUUAACCCUACGUUUAGCCUAGAGGGCGAGACCACUGGAGAGUAUCAACAGUAUUAUACAGCCUACAGUGGAUGGAGUAGGAGUUCCGGAGGAAAGACCGGUUCCAGGCAAAACUCUAUAGACUCUACAGGCUCAGAGCGACCAAUGACACUUGAAGUUGGUGGCACCAGACUGCGCUCCAGCUUGAAACGUUACAACUACUCUCCCCGCAAUAAUACUGGAGGAUCUUCCUCUUCUGGUCCCGGAACACCAACCAACCCCACGCCACCAGAUAGCCUCACCAGCGAGGACAGCAGCUACGUCUCUGCCAAGGAGAGUUCCUCCAACUCCGUGUCUCGUGUGCGGUUCUCUCCCAUCACUGCUACCAACCUGCUGGAUCUACCAACGCAUGGACAGACGCAGGACGUGACGGUACCUCUGCAGGCCCGCAAACGUGAGACUUCACGCAAUAGGCGACCUUCCAUCACUGACUUGGAGCGAGAGUUCCUCUCAUAGCAUCACAUUUGGCGUUAGUCACAUUGAGGCUGUUUCCACAUGUCUAUAGAGCAAACACAGUAGAUACAUUUUAAUGUGUAUUUUAUAAACACCAACACUAAAUUUCUCAUUAAGGCGUAACUAAAUUUUUCUAGCUUGAAAUUAAUAUUUUUAAAGUUGAGAUUACUCAAAACAUUUUUAAAAGUGUAUGUUUUAUUUUAAAACACUGGGUAAUGGUGUGAAUUUCCACUUUUGACUAUAUUUGGACUUGGACAUAGUAUUUUAAAAGAACAAAUAAACAGUUUAUUAUCAACUUGUAAUGAAAAACAUUUACAUUUAUACUUUGAUCUACUUAAUUGGGACUCAUCUCUUCUCUUGAUAUAUUUGUUCCAAGAGCACAUUCUAACUGUCAUAUUAAAAGAUUGGCAACAAAUAGUUUCGAUGUACAUACAUACAUUUUUCACAGUCACUGCCACGAACAUAUGGAAGCAGCUUCAUGUCAAAGCGCAGCCACAAAUACUCUAUAUCUAGUCGGUUCGAAACAGCUACUCUUAGUGCUUCACUCUUGUACAUAUUCUACUAUUAAGAUGUCUUAAGAACUA